UGGGACUACAACUCCCAGAACGCACCGCGGCGAAGGGCGGCCUAAUGAAUGGUUGAGGCGGAUGAGAGCUUUGUUAUUACCUUCCAGCACCCACUGGACUACUGUAAGCAAGAAGAAAAGUCCAUCUUUUUGUAGUGCUUGGUUUGUUCCUUGAGAAAUAAGAUGAGCACGGAAAAACAGCUGGCAACAGAUGAAAUUUUAAACCACAGCCUGGAAAUCAUCUUCUUGGUGACUGGAGAGAAUUACAUACUUGCGAAGAAGCAUGUGGGUGUUGAUAAAGGCACUCGAUGCACAUUAAAAGACACAUACUCACCUCAGACUCCUGAGCAGCUAGUUAAUUCCACUAUACAAGAGGGAAAUCAGAAUGCACCAGUCCCCGAGAGUGUUAUGGAACAGGCCAAAAUGAUCAUUCAAAUACUGAAUGAAGAGCUGCAUUGCUCUUCUGGUUCUGUUAACGGCACUGAGUCCACAAAACAUGUCUGCAAGGACCAGAGCCAAAUCUCAGAGCACUUAACAAACCUGGUUUUGUUGGUAAAUAAGAUGGAAGCUGCCAAGACCGAGAUAAAUGAAAAGAUUUUGUAUCAUACCUUGGAAAUCAUCCAUCUUGUGACCGGAGAUGAUUGUGUUGUAGUAAAGAAGCAUAGCGAAAGCACCAUUGCAAGCAGCAGCUCCGGUGCAUCAGAAGGAGACAAUAGGACCCAAAACCUCAGCAAGGAUCGUCAGCCCAACUCUGUAGUACAUGAGAGGAACAAUGCAAAGAGGAUACUAGGCCUAACCAAUAAAAUUAUUUGUGCAUUAAAUGGAGUGGUGCCCAUCAGAUGUGAAGAAGGUUCAGGCUGUACCUCCACUGAAGGAUAUUUUAAGGAUAUUUUGAAGAAUGGAAUGCCAGAUGAGUCCCUCCACUCAGAAAUAGAAAAACCUGAAAUUGAAAACCUUGACUUUAAUAUUGAUCCUCCAUCUCCUGAGUCUAUAAAAGAGGAAACCAGUUGUCAUAGUCCUGAAAAUCUCCAGAGCCAUUUGAAGUCCAGCAGGAGGAAGAACAGACCUGUGAGAGUUGUAUCAAGCUACGUACCUGUGCAGGUAGGAAGUAAAGAAUCCCCUCGCACCAGAUAUAAGCUGAAAAAAGUAACAGAGGCCCAAAGGACGCUUCCUGAUAGCAAGGACUACAAUGAAAGAACAGAUAUACCACAAUCCGAUACCACCAUACCAUCAGACUAUAAGUGCAAUCAGUGCUUUGAAAUCUUUAAUAGUGAAUCGGAUUACUCUUCCCAUACAUGUGCACAAGACACAGCGAUGCCACAUAAUAAGGUCAUUAUUAAAGAAGAACAAUCUGAGGAAGGAAUUGGUCGAUCUCAGGUUGUUAAACAACGUAGCAGAAGUUCCGGGUCAAAGCCAUACCAGUGUACUCAGUGUGGAAAAUAUUUUAGUAAAAGCUCUCACCUAGUUACACAUCAAAGGGUUCACACCGGUGAGAAACCAUAUAUGUGUUUGGACUGCGGAAAACGUUUCACUAGCAGCUCAACACUAGUUGACCACCAAAGGAUUCACAGAGGAGAGAAACCGUUUGUCUGUUCUGAUUGUGGGAAAUGUUUUACCAAGAACUCUAAUCUAGUUGACCAUCAGCGGACUCACACAGGAGAGAAACCAUUUCCAUGUAAAGAAUGUGGGAAGCAUUUUGCUCGUAGUUCAAAUCUUGCUGAACACCUCAAGAUUCAUACAGGAGAAAAGUCAUGUAUUUGUCCUGUCUGUGGCAAAGGGUUUUCCAGAUCCUCAAGUCUUCUAGAGCAUCAGAAAAUUCAUACUGGAGGAGAAACGUUUAUAUGUUUUGAAUGUGGUCAGUGCUUCACAAAGAACUCUAGUCUGGUUAGACAUCAGAGCAUUCAUACCGGGGAGAAGCCCUUUGUGUGUAUUGAAUGUGGGAAAUGCUUUUCUAAUAGUUCAAACCUAGUCAGACAUCAAAUCACUCACACAGGAGAGAAACCUUUCAUGUGCCCAAUAUGUGGGAGAUCUUUCAACCAAAACUCAAAUCUCGUUUCACACCAAAAAACUCACAAAUAAGAUUUUCAGUAACAAAAAUGUGUAUACUUUCACAAAUGCUAUAAAACCAUUGAGGUAUCAGAUGAUCAAA